AUGGUAGGGAAUGUAGAUAUCAUAAGUUAUGUCUCCACUAGAGGUAGAUCAACUGCUUCACAUGGGCGGGAGAAAUAUCCGUUUCUGCAGCUUUUCUUCCCGAUCUAUCCUCGUAAUUCACGCAUCCUCAAGUUUUUUACCUGCAACUCCGCUGACUUCUUCCAUUUCAAUCGGCCCAUCUCGCACGAAUUUUUAGGCGCUUCUCUGAAUCCCUCUUCUGAUCGCAUCGAAAUUGAUUUGCUUCGUUCUUAA